AUAACGUUUCAAAUACUGCUGCAGGUUUACUAAAACAUGUCAUCCUGGCAUCCUCUAUCUCCACUCACUCGAUUCGGACCCGACACCUGCUGACGUGCCGAUGUCGCAGCAUCUCGAAUCGUUUGCGAGGGCGUUUCCUGACAACUUCACGGUUCCGUCACGCGUUUAUGUGGUGCCUACGAGCAAGUCGGACUCUACUCUUCCCAGUGAAACGCUUAGCCAACGGUUGUCAAAGCUCAAAACUAUGGCGGAAUCGUUGAAGGGUAACGGGAACCGUGAUUGGCACGCAUCUGUAUUCCCAGGAGUCUUCAAAGGGCAGCCUGAAAUAGCUUGGAGUGCAGCACUGAUGCUCCUCAAGGAUAUAGCUAAGACUCAGGUAAAAGAGCCCAUUCCCCUCCCGAUGGAACCUACCUUAAAGCGUAUGACCCCACAAUUCCCAGAUGGUCGUUUAGCUGUGAAAGAUCUUGCCGAUCACCUUAUCAAAAAAUUCAGGGGAAAGGAAAGGAAAGGGGAUUUGGAUGCGAUGAUCAUGCUCGGGCGAACUGCAUUGGGAUGCAUUCCAGCAGAAUACCUACAAUGCCAUUAUGCCCUCAUCAACCUCGCCGAUCUCGUUUCCGAACGGUUCGAGAAGGAAGGAGUGAAAGAGGAUUUAGACAAAGUAAUCAUGAUAAGACGCGCCGCGUCUAAUUACAUAGUCCCAAACAACUCACAGAGAGAAAGACUUCUUCUCGAACUCGAAGACUGCCUUUAUCAACGCUUCAGGAGGGAGGAUUCCAUAGUGGAUCUAGAAGAGAUCAUAUCUCUUCGCCGGGCUGCAUUGGAACACACUCCUCUGCCGGAUCGAUGCAGACGUCUUCUCAAUCUCGCUGAUUCCCUUCAGGAAAAGUUCCAAAAACAACGUUUGGUGGACGAUAUCGAUGAGGCCAUUAGGCUCGCCCGUACCGCGUCGGAGCUGUGCCGUCCAGGGCACCCUGAUCAACCGCUGUCUCAGGGGUGUCUUGCACGUUGCCUCAGAGCGAAGGUUAGAACGGAGGGUGCCCGAGGUCGCCCAAAGGGAGCCCAGAUUGAUCCUUCAUCUUCCGGUUCUUCCGAUAUCAAGCAUUUCAUCAAAAAGGUUUUUUUCGAAACAGUUGAAAACCUUCCGCCGCACCUGCUACAUACACCGACAGGCGUCAUGUGCAACCGAGAUGCCCAGCUAUCCCAUUUCGAGAGUAGUCCUUAUUACGAGCGGCUCCUAUUGUCAGCGUCUUCGCUCACCAGGCAGCAGCUCCAAACGGAGAUCAAUAGUACGGUUACAGACUUCUUUCCAAUUGCCAUGCUAUCCCACAGGUGGGGGAACGGUGAACCCUUACUACGCGAAAUUGAAGGCAAAAAGAUCUAUGACUUGCGUGGCACGGACGGUCUGGAAAAGCUCCAAGAUUUCUGCCUGCUUGCUCUCGAACGUAAUUUCCAGUGGGCAUGGAGCGAUACGUGUUGUAUCGACAAAGAUAGCAGCGCUGAAUUACAGGAAGCGAUUGGGUCGAUGUUUUCUUGGUACCGCCAGUCAUCCGUGACGAUUGUGUACCUUUCCGAUGUCUUCGAAGCCGAUACGCUUGCCGAUAGUGUCUGGUUUACACGGGGCUGGACACUUCAAGAACUGUUGGCUUCACACACCGUCUUCUUCUAUAUGUAUGACUGGUCACUCUACACGAAGGGUGACACCGCGAACCACAAAAAAGAUCCUACCGUGCUCGAAGAACUCCAGAGGGCAACGGGAGUAGCGAAACAGCACCUUACUGAUUUCGAUCCAGGCAUGGAUGACGCGCGAACCAGACUCCACUGGGCGUCAGGCCGUAGUACCACUCGACCAGAAGAUAUUGCCUACUCACUUUUUGGAAUCUUCAAGGUUCACUUGCCAGUCCUCUAUGGCGAAUCGGUGGAGAACGCGCUCGGACGUCUCCUGGCAGAGAUCAUCUCACGUUCUGGAGACAUUUCGGUUCUGGAUUGGGUCGGGGAGGCAUCAUCGUUCAAUAGCUGCUUCCCUGCCAGCCUCGUUCCGUAUCAAACGGUACCCCACAUCCAGCCGAUCCCUAACGACCCUGCUAUACGCAAUGGUCUGGAUCUUGAAAAGACACAGAAAUUGUACUGUAAACUUGCAGCGUUACCACGCGCCGGAUUUGUCAAUAACAGGCUUACAUUGCCAUCCAUCAUCCACCCAAUCACAGCAGUCAGACUACAAAGUUCCUCGACUAGCCCCUCACAUCACACAUACGAGAUCCACGCAUCGCGCCUGACGCCCCUCGAGGUCACACUGUCGGUCAACCUUGACAAGAGUGCCGAUAGAUAUAUGCUUGCUCGUCCUUGGCAUCCAAAAUCGCUCCCAAUGCAAAUCGGUGGGGAUGACGAUGCUGUGUGGGGGCCGUUGGAACAGCUGAAGCAACCAUUCAACGCAUUUCUGCUCGAGAAGUUGCGUCACAACGAGUACAAGAGAAUUGCAAGCGACUGUAUAAUUACCGCUUGUGUUCAGGACCUGGCCGGCAUCUUAGAUACUGAAGUGCUGGUACCGGAGAUUGUAUAGGUCGUACUCGUGACGCACUUUCCUACCGCACCUCUUCAUGUUUUGGCUUCGUGUGUCCCCAUUUGAUAUCUGUGCCAACAUUGUAUUUUAGUACCCGAUCAGAAGUACAUACGUACGUGCUUAUGCGGAUUUGAAUGGUUUCGUAGUAGAGCCACUAACCCAACGCAGCUUCGUCGAAAACGAUAUUGGGCGGCUUUGGCGGUUCUUGACCAUGCCUCACAUAUCGAGACGGAACACCAUAGGCAGGUUGAUCCCCGACUCAGCCCACGCAGCCAUUUAACGUGGAUUGCUCAUCAUACUCCACGUCAUAUAUGC